AUGUUUCUGGAUAAGAACAGAACGAAUUUGCUUUCAAGAAAUAAGAAAAAUGUAAUUUUGUCGAUAGCAAGAAAAUGCAAUUUCAUAAAUAAUUUGCGUUAUUUUUCGGAUAUCAAUUUGUUAGAAGAGGAUGUUGGAAUCAGACAUUUUAUGAGUACCUUUUUUGGUGAAAAUGUGUUCGAUGUCAAAAAGAAUAAUGACCUUGCGUGUAUCUUUAAAUACAGGUGUGAGGAUUUUCACGUGUAUGAAAUUGAGAGAAAUAAGAAUGUUCUAAAUUUGACUUAUGUUAAGAGGAAAAUGGAAAGUGACAGCAGUAGUAGUAGCAGCAACAGCAGAAAUGGCAAUUGUAGUACCAUGUGUGAAGCGCACAUUUGUCGCACAAAGCCAGAUGAAGGAGAAAAAAAUGAUGAAAAACAAAAUGAUGCAAGGGGUAUUGGAAAAUAUGCAUAUGAUCUCAGAAGCAAAGAUAACGAAUCAUUAUCGACACAAGAGGGGGGAGAGAGUGGUAGGUUCUAUGCUUCUGAACAAUUGGACAGGGAGAAUAACUCAGGAGAUGAAAAAAAGGAAUGGAUAAAUUUUAUUUUGUAUAAAGUUAAUAAAGAUACACAAGAAGCCAUUAGGGAAAUUAGUAAAAUUUCAAAUAUUCCAAUUAAAGAUUUUUAUUACUCAGGUUUCAAAGAUAAAAGAAGCGUGUCAACUCAGAUAAUUUCUACUAGUGUUAUGAACUUGGUUAAAAUUAAUAACAUAAUAGAAAAUGACCUUAGAAAUGAUAAAAAAAUGAAGAAUAUAAAAAUUUGUAACGUUGAAAACGUAAGUAAAAAAAUAGAAUUAGGAGCACAUAGUGGAAAUCGCUUUGUGAUAGUUUUGAGAAAUGUACAAAAUCAUGAAAAAUAUUUAAGACACAAAUUAAAUUAUAUUAAAAAAUAUGGAUUCAUUAAUUAUUUUGGCAUGCAAAGAUUUGGAAUAUAUAAAAACACGUUCAAUAAAGGUAAAGCAUUAAUAAGUAGAAAUUACAAAGAAUAUAUAAGGCACGUUUUAGAUCCAUUCAUUUUUGAUAAUAAAACAUUUUAUGGAAAUUUUAUUAAAGACAAUUUGACCAUUUAUCUGAAGAAUGCUUGUGAUAUAUAUCAGAAAAAUAAAAAUGCCACCAUUGCUUUCCGUUAUUUGUCUCAUAAAAUGAAUAAACUACUUAAAGGAAGCAACGUAAUUCCAUCUGACGAGUCAUACAAAGGAGGCAAUGUUAACAAAUACCUUUAUUCUUAUAUGACCAAUUCAGAGUAUGAAGCCUAUAUCUUGCUUCGAAAUUUGUACAUGUGUGAGAAGAAUAAUAACACUGAGAGGAAUAGAAGAAAUAUUUCCAAUGAUAAUUAUCGCAAUAAUUUAAGAAAAACGAAUGAAAAUGUCGAAAAGGAGAAGUUACCCAAUUUGUUCCAAAAUAUGUUUAAAGAUCCUACAAAAAAGCAGAGUAAUGUACAUUUUGAGACAGAAUUAAAUAGAAAAGAGUUCGAAGAAGAAAAAUAUUUUUACAAAAAUGAAAAGACAUGUGUUAAGGGAGUAUGUAUGGAAACUCGUAGAUUCCAUAUGCACUCCUAUAGCGCCAAAAUAUUUAAUAUGCUAACUUCAUACAGGUUAGAAAAUUUUGGUGUAACACUUAGAAAGGGGGACUAUGUUUUUACAAAGGAUGUGCAAUCUGAGGUGAAUGAAUUGAAAGCACAACAUAAUUAUAUAACGAUUUUAUAUGACGAAUAUGACAUGAGUCAUAUGAUAGAAAAAUAUCAUACUCAACCAAAUUGUUUAAACAUCUAUAAUGUUGUUUUGCCAGUCCUCGGAAGUAUGCCCUAUAGAUUAUCCUACCUUAAUAUUUUCAAAAAUAUAUAUAGAAAAUACAAAGGUCAGAAAGUAAGACUUGUUUUCUUAGAAAUAUUACUAUACUUAAUUCAUACUCUUUAUGAAGAUCAGUUGUUUCAAAUACACGGUGAUAAGGUAAUUAAUGGUUUUCUAAAGCAUUUGAUAAAUACAAAAGAAACAGGACAUAUUAAUGAGUCCAUAAAGAUAGCUAGCGAUAAUAUAUUAAAUAAUAUUAUUCCAAUUAAGGAAACCUUAUACACAAUAAAAAAAUUCGACACUUAUGUAAAUUCGUUCGAAUAUGAAUAUGGAAUGACUUGUGUUUUUAGAAACAUAGUGACACGACCUUCAAAUUUGUAUUUCUGUUUUUGUCAAUAUAAGGAACCAAAGAGAAAAUUCCUAUCCGACUUGUACGUAUCUAAUUUGGAAAAAAAUAAAAUUUCAAAAAAGGAUGAAAAUACGAAAUUGUGUAGGGAUGAAGAAAUAUGCACUAUCAAGAAAAUGAAAAAUGUUCCACAUUCUGGAAACAAUCAUAAAGAAAUAACCAUAUGCAAUAAACAAGUUGAGGAGUCAAACUGUGAUAAAAAAUUAAAAAAAUAUAUACCUUGCAUCAAACGAGACACGUGUAAUAAUUACUUAAAAGAAAAGGGAGAAGAAAAUGAAAAUACUGAAAAUUUUCAAAAUCAGACAAGUAGUCAUAAUAAUAGUAGGGAAAAAAUCACAAAGUAUGAACAAAACUUCAAUGCACUAAUAUUAAGUUUUAGUUUAAAAUCCUCUUCCUAUGCUACUAUGCUAGUUAGGGAAUUAUAUGGAAAACACAAUGAACUCCUAGUUCCUAAUUUAAUUAAAAAUUGUGAAAAAUAUGAUAAGGAAGUUGAAAUGACGAAACGGGAGGGGUUACAGGUGGGGAAAAACACAAAAAUGAAGAACUAA